CCUCUACAAAUACUCAGCCCUGCCACUUCCACACCGUCAGAUCGUAAUCUCUGCUCAUUCUGCCCACUCUGACUUUGGUCCCUGUCUCCAGUCCUACUUCUCGUCAGUCCUGCUACUCUGUCCUUGUCCCCCACUCUACGGUUCCCUUGGAUUCCCCUCUGGAUCUGCUUACCCUGUCCCAACACGUCUCGCUCCAGCUCCGGCCUCCGCACCUGGUUUACUGCAACCUGCCUUAGCUCCCCCUGGCCUGCCCUCAAUCUUACCCCUGUGUUUUAAUAAAUACAUUGGUCACCUCAUCCCAGUCACCUGUUCACCUGGGUUCACCUGUUCCGCUUCGCGUGACACAACAGGGUUCUAACUGGAACCAAAAAGGGUUCUCCUAUGGGGACAGCUGAAGAACCCUUUGGAACUCUUUUUCUAAGAGUGUAGCACCUUAAUUAACCCCCUAGUCAAAGGGACACCUUAUGGUGACAGUUAUGCAAAACUUCAAUGAUUUAGGCCCAGUGAUGGCUGUUACACUUGGUUUAUUACACCGUUGCUUAUCUCAUUAUAUACAAACCACCCAUUCAUUGACUGCUUACUUGUUCUGAUAAAAUGAGCUAUAGAGAACAUUUUUUCAAGUAAAAGUAGGAGCAUGUAAUUAGAAAGAGGUGGACAGUCCUCCCCAACCAAGCUGAGGAGAGAAGUGACUUUAAUCUGCACAAAUAACUUUCCAUGAAGCCUGUGUAGCGGAUAGCCUUGGACUUUCCACCAUAUCCUCUGUUUGAUGAACUGUUGAUAGCUUGAAAGCCAUGGUGGUGAGGAGUGGGGUGAUUCUGUCUGUCUACAUCAUCACCUUCCUGGUUGGCCUGCCUGGCAACAUCCUGGCACUUUACGCCUUCAGCGUCAAGAUCCACAACAAACCCACUCCCACAGACAUCCUCCUGCUCAACCUGACUGUGUCCGACCUUAUCUUCCUGCUCUUCCUGCCCCUCAAGAUGCACGAGGCAGCCUCCGGCAUGGUCUGGACUCUCCCCAGGCUUCUCUGCAACGUUACCUCUUUCGUCUUCUUCUCCACCAUCUACACCAGCUCCCUCCUGCUGAUGGUGGUCAGUGUUGACCGCUACCUGUGUGUGGCCUUCCCUGUCCAGUACAGGCUCCGCCGCAAGCCCUUGUACGGAGUGGUGAGCAGCCUGGUGGUGUGGGUCUUCAGCUCGGUCCACCUCUGCUUCAUCUACAUCGUGGAGAACCAGACCUCAUCUGAUUUAUUUACCUGCUAUAACAACUUCACCCAGGAGCAGCUGAAGGUGGUGCUUCCCAUGCGCUUGGAGCUGUGUGUGGUUCUAUACAUCGUGCCACUGCUGGUCUGUGUGUUCUGCUACCUGAACUUCAUCCUCAUCCUCAAUAGGACCCCUAACCUUUGUGCAGAGAAAAGGAAGAGAGCCGUCGGAAUGGCUGUGGGGACCUUGCUUGUUUUUGUUGUCUGCUUCCUGCCCUAUAAUGUCACCCAUGUACAGGGGUUCAUCAUCCAAGACAACGUGGAGUGGCGGCUCUACGCUCUGCUCCUGACCACGGUCAACACCGUCCUGGAUCCUGUGACGUUCUACUUCUCCUCCUCCAUGUUCCAGGCCACCAUGAAGAGGAUCCUAACUGGGAAGCGAAGGAACAGCACCCCUGGUGUCUUCAUGACAGCUCAAAACAACACUAGAGACAUAGAGGGACACUGUAACCCAGCCACAACUGAGGGAGGUUUGUCUGACAAGUGACAGAGC